CACGGCAGUUACGAGCUACGUUGGGAAUUCGAGUGUGACAUAGCACCUGAACAGAGCAUGGCGCAGCCCUUCAAUCUCACCGCGCUGGACCACCAGCUGCUGGCCAUGACCGACGAGGAGUUUGUUGCGCACGACUGGGAGGAUCUCCGCGAUAUCAUCGCUCGCAACGAUCUCGGCGCGCUCAAGCGCAAGCCCUCCGAUCUGCGCCGAUACCUGGCCUGGAGUGCCUCCACCAAGGCCGAGUAUGGUUCCAUCAUUAAUUACAUAUGCCAGCGCCGACUGGGCUGGGCUUUUCCGGGGACAGACACGCCGGCAGAUACGCCCAAUGCCACACCCUCCGCAUUGUCGUCGACCGGCUCAACACCGUCUCCUCCGAGCGGCGACGAUUCCGCACCCGCGGUUAUUCAAAGUGGAGUCCCGUUCAGGAACCCGCGUCCAUUUGCCGAUCCCGAGGACUACAAGAUCCUCCGAAACGACUGGCCCUACGGCUUGGACGCCGGCAUUUCGCAUCUCGUCGUCUGGCUGCGCACUCCUAUUCCCGUGAAAAGUGCAGAGGGACAUCUCACCGACGAAUCUCGAGCGUUAAUCGAGGAUUUUGUCCAGCGAACUUUUGUCGAUCGCCUAGCCGACGAUCCGCAACAGCGCUUCAGCGAUCCGAAGAAUCGAGUCCUCUGGUUCAAGAAUUGGGUCGGUUUGCAGAGUGUGCGCGCCCUCGAGCAUGUCCAUAUUCUAGUGAGAGACGUUCCAGAAGAUAUUCUCUUGGAAUGGUCAGGGGAGAGCGGGGAUAAAGAGUAG